AUGUCCGGCACAACAACAUCUUUGUUCGGAGGCGGCGCGCCAUCUGUCCCCGCGAACAACGACGUAACGUCGGCGGUCCAGCUUCCCAGCGCCUCAGAUGCUCCCCUUCCCGACGUUGAUUCGUUCGCUUCCGAGCUCGGUAACCUAGUAUUGGCCGUACAAGCCGCUACCGAUACUGCUAGAGUUGCGCACGACGCAGAUCUAGUAGCCGGCAGAGCUGCGCAAGCCGCUAGAGUCGAAGCCAUCAUCGCCAGGAAGGCCAAAGAGGCUGUUAUGCUAACAGCUUCAGCUUUCAUUGAGAGUUUCGGGAAGGAACUCAAGAAGCACGGAUUGUCCAUUGAUCGUCAGAUCUCUUACAUCUCAGAUGCCCCCGACGUAUGCUGA